UUUUUUCCGGCUUUUUUCGAGCUUGAAGAAGACAAGAAAAAAACAGGGGGCAAUCCUUAAGGCUGGAAUCCACCACAUACCUAUUGGAGAGUACACAGUGGGCAUGCUUUUAAGCAAGGAGGCCCAUGACCGGGUUGCUAGUGGGCGGGGAUCUUCUCUGUCCCGCUCCCUCCCUGUAGGUUACAGCUGGAAGGAAGCUAAAUCACACACUGGACAAGACUUGCCCCUCGCCUUUUUGCAACAUAAAGGGAUUUUCACGCUGGCGCCCCGCCCCUUGAGGACGGUCUUAGUACAUUCUCCCCGCCUUCAAGCCGGGCUGUGGGAUCAGGGGUUCGGUUUUUCCAGAGUGCAGCACUGGCAGUCGCUGCUGCGCCAGGGUCAAGAAGACUAUGCGAGCCUCGCGGAUCCUGCCCUCCCUCUGGCCUAGAAGCCUUUGCUGGCGCCCCGCUGGGCCUCAGAUGAGGAGCGCUCCUCGGAAAUUCGGCGCUGUCGCUGGUGGAGCAGCGCCCAGUCGGCGGCUGGACCUGCGGGGUAUCUACCCGCCCCUGACCACCCCCUUCACCUCGCAAGGAGAGGUGGAUUAUAUCCGUUUAGAGGAGAACGUGCGCCUCUACGAUAAGAUCCCCUUCCGAGGUUUUGUGGUGCAGGGCUCCACUGGAGAGGCUCCCUACUUGACACAGCAGGAACGUCUGGAGGUGGUGAGACGGCUGCGGCAAGCUGUGCCCAAGGAAAAAUUGCUGCUUGUUGGGUCUGGAUAUGAAACAACUCGGGGCACUAUUGAGAUGACAGCACAAGUGGCUGACAAAGGGGCUGAUGCUGCUCUUCUGGUGACUCCGUGCUAUUACAGGGGGAGCAUGACCAGUGCUGCCUUGAUCCGUCAUUACACAGAGGUGGCUGACGCAUCUCCAAUCCCUGUGAUACUGUACAGUGUCCCAGCCUUUACAGGUCUGGAGCUUCCCAGUGACGUGGUGCUCACCCUGGCACAGCACCCCAACAUUGUGGGGAUCAAGGACAGUGGUGGUAAUAUUACCCGCUUGGGGCUGCUUGUCCAUAAGACUCCGCAUGAAGACUUCCAGGUACUGGCAGGAUCAGCUGGUUUUCUGCUGGCCAGUUACACUGUAGGUGUCGUUGGAGGAAUCUGUGCCCUUGCCAAUGUGCUCGGUACACCUCUUUGCCAGCUUGAGAGUCUCUGCCGUGCCGGAAGUUGGGACAAGGCCCGUGAACUGCAGCACCGACUCAUUGAGCCAAACCUAGCAGUGACCAGCAAAUUUGGAAUCCCAGGCCUCAAGCAGGCUAUGGAAUGGUUUGGUUACUAUGGAGGUCUCUGUCGUGCCCCCUUGCUCCCAUUAAACAAGACACAAGUGACAGAGCUGCGGCAGAAUUUCAGCUCUAAUGGCUGGCUGUGAAGGGAAAAGCUGUUCCAUGCAAUGACUAAAACCCUGAGAUGGCCUGUAGGGUUUUUGCUAUUUAACCAGACAUUAACUUACACACACUCCUUGCAAAUAGUAAAAUACACCUUCCUCUCUCCCCCAGAUUUAGCUACAGUGAUGCAUGCAAACUAGACUACUGUAACUUGAUUUAUGCAAGGCUACCCUUGAGACUGACCUGAAACUCCAGCUGGUUCAGAAUGCAGCAGCUCAUAUCCUCACUGGAACAUCACUAAGAGCUCACAGUAAACUGGUGCUCUGCCAGCUGCACUGGCUCCAGGUGAAGUACCAGAUCAAGGUAUUGUUUUUUGACCUUUAAGGCCCUAGGCCACCUCUCCUGGUAUGUCCCCCACAGAGCUUUACACUCAGCAGAUCAAAAUCUUCUGGUAAUUCCCAGCUCGAAAGAUAUCCGCUUAUCGUCCACCAGAGCCAGAGCCUUUUCAGCUCUGGCACUGGCCUGGUGGAACACUCUCCCAGGUGAGAUCC